AUGAAUGUUUUUAUUGGGAGAAAUACAUCUAUUCCAUAUAAAAAGUCACAAAUAUUUACUACCUAUACAGAUAAUUAAACAAAUGUCACAAUUGAAAUUUAUGAAGGAGAAAGAAAAAUGACAAAAGAUUGCAAAAAAAUUGGACAAUUUAAUUUAGAUGGUAUUGCUCCAGCUCCUAGAGGAGUUCCAAAAAUUGAAGUAUCAUUUGAGAUUGAUAUAAAUGGUACAAUUUACUUUAGUGCUGAGGAUUAGGCUACAAAAAAUUCAUAAAAGAUUACUAUUAUGCCUUAAAAAAGUAGAUUAUCAAAAGAUGAAAUUGAAUUAUUAGCUUAGGAAGCUGAAAAAUUUAGAGCUGAAGAUGAUAUAAUUAAAUCAAAGAUUGAAGCCAAGAACAACAUUGAAUUAACUGAAUAUUAAAUUAAAAACACUAUCAAAGAUGAAUAAAUUAAAUGCAAAUUCACAGCUGAAGAAAUAUCAAGACUUGAAUAAUUAGUUGAAGAAAGAAUAAAAUGGAUUGAAUGUAAUGUAAAUGUUGAUAUAUAAGAAUAUAUAUAUAAAUAAAAAGAGAUUGAAUAAAUAAUGGAUGAAAUGAUGUAAAGAAUAUAUUAAGAUGGUUAUGUUAGAUAAGAUAGAUAUGGAGUUUUAAUUAAUAAAAUAAUUUGA